UGCCAGAACUGUGUUUAGAUUCAAAAGAAGUCCUUCAAAAGUUUCUGAGACUUCAGCCACCCAAAUGAAUCAGUUAAUCAAAAAACACAAUCCUUAUGAUCAUGAGAUUAACUAGUAAUAAAGUAAAUUGCCAAAAUGAACCGAGUACUGUGGAUAAUGUCUGUAUUUUUCUGUUACAUUAGAAAAAAGAGGAUCCUCAUGCUGGCUUUAAUAUUGAAACGCUUCUGGUUUGUACCCUUGAUCUGAUUGAGGCUGGGACAGAGACAGCUUCCACCACUCUACGCUGGGCUCUAGUAUUUAUGAUGAACUACCCAGAAAUACAGGAAAAAGUCCAGGCAGAGAUAGACAGAGUAGUCGGACAGUCUCGCCUGCCCGACUUGGCCGACAGACCCAACCUACCCUACACUGAUGCUGUUAUCCACGAGACCCAGAGGUUUGGAAAUAUUGUUCCAUUGGGAUUCCCAAAAAUGGCCAGUAAAGAUUCUACACUGGGUGGAUACUUCAUUCCUAAAGGCACAGCUAUUACUACAAUACUUUCAUCUGUGCUGUUUGAUAAGAAUGAGUGGGAGACUCCAGAUGUCUUCAAUCCUGAACAUUUCCUGGACUCAGAGGGCAAAUUUCGAAGAAGAGAUGCCUUCUUGCCAUUUUCAGCAGGUAAACGUGUGUGUAUCGGUGAGCCCCUGGCCAAAAUGCAGCUCUUCCUUUUCUUUGCAUCUCUGCUCCAACGCUUCACUUUGACUCCUGUUCCUGGAGAAAUGCCCAGCUUGGAGGGUGUGAUGGGCUUCACCUACUCUCCCGAGGAGUUCAGGAUGCUGGCAGUGCCUCGCUGAGGUCAUGCCAUGCAAACACAAAGAUGAAUAAACUGAAACUCCACAAGCUUUAUGGGAUCACCAAAUCACAGCAUACAGAAAAAGCAUACUAGAAACACAGAAAAUAUACUCUGUAAAACAUUUUACGAACAUUUCACAUAGUAAGACACAAUGUGCAUGUCACAGUGCUAACUGUUGUUGUACUUUUAUUUCUUGUCUUUUACUGUGAAGCACUUUGAGUUUUUUCUAUGAAAAGUGCUAUAUAAAACAAUAAAGUUUGCUUACAUAAUACAUAAUAAUGGUUAGACAACCUUGAAAAAAUAAUGUGCAUGCAUUAUAGCAACUGACUGAAAAUUAGGUGCCACAUGAUGCCAUAAGCUAAUAGUAACUUUAUCUAUAAUAAGGCAAAUUAUUUAAAUAUAUGUUGUAUUGAAAUUAAAUUAACAAAAAGAAAGUUUGAUGACAUGUGGAUAAAACUGCCCUUUUUAUCUAUUUUUAUCUAUUAGACUUUACAAUUCUUUGCCAAUCAAACUGUUCUGUGAACUUUGCAUCUUUUUACAACUAUUAGAAAUGCAAUUUCCUUUCAUGAUAAAACAAAUUUCUCUGGACUGCAAAAGAUUACAUGUUACCUAUCAACAGAUAGAUAAGUGAUUGUGUAAUACUGAAUACAAAUCUAGUAUAGAAUCUAGUAUGUGAAUGCUAGAAUUCACAGCAGAAUUAAUUCUAAAAAUGGCUGCCAGAAUCAAUUUACUGAGCAAAUUUAAAAUGAGUCUUAUUCCUUUAAAUGUAAAAUUAUUUUCUGUUACAAAUACAUCACAGCGUGUCUUUGGGUCAUGACUAAAUAACUCUUACAGGCUUUAGGAGAGAAUAGUGACAAGACACCAUAAAAUGAAACACUUUAAACAUACUGAAAUGCUUUGAGUGCUCAGUAAGAUUAGAAAGGUGUUCUAUAAAUGCUUUUCAAUAUCCAGUUAAACUUCAUGCCCAAACUGCUUUGGACCUUGAGUUCCCUGUUUGCACAGUUGAAGUGGGUGAGAGUUAAAGGAGUUGUUUUGCUCUGGUUGAAAAGGAAAAAAAUAUGAGUUGGUGUGGUGAGCUUUAAAAACUUAUUUAAAUCAGUUUCUUUCAUUUCUUUCAUAUUGUUGAAGAGUCUUUCUUGGGCGGGCAAAGCAGCUUCCCUCUGGGUCUGUAUUUCUUAGCUACAUCCGGCAGAAGGUUCCUUGUGGCAUACACUGUGGCUCCCUGUAAGAGGGAUACAGAUGCAGUGAAGGAAGAACACUUGAAGACAGGAAUUAUCUUCACCUGAUGUCCAAUUUAUUCACAAAUGCUUAUAACUAUGGCGUUAUUUUUGUGCAUCUGCAAAUGGUUUUUACAUGCGCUCAAAAAAUUUUUUACGUGCACUCAAAAUUUCUUUACUUGCACUGAGAAUAAUGGCACAAAAAUAACGCCAUAUAUAACAAAGCCACUUAGACUGAUGGUAUGUACCACAAAAGAAAAGGAAAAUGUUAAGUUGAAAUAUUAAAUGUUUGUCAUUUUUAUGUUUACCAUUUGUACAUAGUUUUAAAGUAUUCUUUCUGUCCUCCCCUCCCCAGAUCCUUAAGAUUCUGGGAGGGGGGGUGAUAGUGUUUUUAUCACAGGAACACCCUUGUUUGAUGUUGGCAAACUUCCUCCCCUUUGUAUGGCUUCACUGUGUUAUCUAGGGUGAACCAUCUAGGGUGUGGGGGAGACUACCCUCUUUAUGACCAAGGAUGUUCCUGCUGUGCUUUUAUGUUAUAUGACCCUUUGAUCAGCAGGGUCACACACACAUUCUCACAUAACACACACACACACACACACACACAGUGCCUUGUCUUUGUAACCAAGGGGGGUUACGGGGGAAGGUAUGUGUUGUAAACUAUUGUUUAUUGUGUGAACGUUGUCAAUAAAAGGGAGCGAGAGGGGGCCGUCGUCGAGGUCAUUUAUGAUGAGCUGAGAUACCGACAAGGCCUCCCUUGCAAGUAAAACGAU